CUAUAUUUAUCUAUAAUAAUAAUAAUAAUAAUAAUAAUAAAUGCUGGACCAAAAAUGGCUUUUGGAGAUUCAACACUACAAGCAGUGACUUUUGGGUUUGUCCUGUUUGGGCACAUACCCGUAGCUGAUGGAUAAACUUGAUGCUGUAUCUUGAAGUGAGGAGAACGGAAAAGGAAAUAGGAAAAAAAAAAAAGAAAGAAUUAAACUUACCUAGAUAGUAGAAAUGUGAAUUGUUUUUGUUUGUUUGUUUGUUUGCUGACUUUUUUUUAAUUGAAAAUAAAUCCUGGGACAAAAUUCUGGAACUGGUUGGCUGGAUCAAGGACUGGAAUUGGGACGCACAAGUGAGAAUAAUAAUAAUAAUAAUAAUAAUAAUAAUAAUAAUAAUAAUAAUAAGGGAAGAAACGGAGUAUUGAUUUGCGCGCGCGGCACUUGUGCGGCUCCGGCACGCGCGCAUGAUGCGGGAGUGGCGCAGAGAGCGCGCGCGGUACCGAGAGGAGUUCUGGACGGAAUAGCACGAGUUUGGGUCUGACUUCAUCACUGCUUUGCAUUUCAAGCUGGAUGAGAAAUCUCCCGGGCGAUGGCGUCUGAGGUGGUGUGUGGACUGAUCUUCAGACUCCUGCUGCCCUUCUGCUUGGCGGCAGCAUGCCUCUUCAGGUACAACUGGCUCUCCUUCGUCUACCUCAUCUACCUCCUCCUCAUCCCGCUGUUCCCCGAGCCCUCCAGCAUAACUAUGCAGAGCCACACGGGGCGCUUGUUGAAGUCGCUCUGUUUCACCAGUAUGAUCUUCCUCCUGUUUCACAUCAUCUACCAGAUCACUGUCAACAGUCUGCUCGCCAGAAAGCACAUCAAUGACACGUUCAACUGUUCAGACUGGGAGAAGCCCAUACGACAGAUUGGAUUUGAGAGCGUUAUAGGAGCAGAUGUAGGAAAUGGCAUCCGGGUGUUUCUACCGGACAUCGGCAUGUUCAUGGCAGGCCUGGGCACCUGGCUGCUGUGUCGGAGUCUGGAGAAGAAAAGACCAACGGAGGAAAUGGCGCAGUACAACCAGGACUUUGAUGCAGAAGAACAGGAAGAGAGCAAUGAGAAGAGAAUUCCAAAUGAUGAAGAAGGUGACGAGAUGCUGUACGAUGAGGAAUUUGAUGCCGAAGAUGAAGCAGAAGAAGAAGACGAGGGUCUGGCAGAGGAUGAAGAAGAGGAGGAGGAGGAGGAGGAGGUGAAGGAGAGUGCUAAGAUGAAAGUCCUGCGCAUAGUUGCUGGAGUGGCAUCUAAAGUGAAAGACAUCAUUGGUAAUCUCAUUAUUACAGCAGGGAAGGUGGUGGUGACGAUACUGCUGGGCCUGACAGGCAUGAUGCUGCCCUCUCUGACCUCAGCCGUUUACUUCUUCAUCUUCCUCGCACUGUGCACAUGGUGGUCCUUCUGCCAGACCUUUGACACACUCCUCUUCAGUUGCCUGUGUGUUCUGAUGGCCAUCUAUUGUGCUGGCCACCUCAUCGUUCUCUACCUCUACCAGUUCCAGUUCCUCCAGGAGAGCAUCCCACCUGAAGACAGCUACGUCAGAUUGUUUGGUAUCUCUCCUAUAAUCAAGACAAACUGCUCCUCUACAUGGAAGUUAAUUGUCCAUCCUGGUCUGUACUGGCAUCAUUUUGUCAAUCCCAUCAUGCUCCUGGUGCUAUACUACACACUGGCCACACUGAUUCGCCUUUGGCUGCAAGAUCCAAUGAUCACGGAGAAUGAGGGAGAGGAGGUAAAUGAAGACAAUGUGUGCCCUACAGCAGAAAAAAGGAGGCAGUUUUGGUGGACUACACGGCAGAAGACUGAAGAGAAGACUGCAGUAUUGAUGAACUCCAAUGGGACAUCUUUUGGUUAUGUCCCCACCCUAAAUGCAGAAAAUGGACCAGUCAGCUUGGACCUGUUCUCCAUCCCUAAGUAUAAGGUGGACCAAUCCAAUAAUAUUGAGGAUCAAAAGGACGGAGAGAUGUAUGAGGUGGUGGAGAUGCCACCAGAGGAGGAAGAAGAGUUAAAGGAGAGUGAAGAGAAGGAGCAGACCACAGCUCCUGCCGGUCUUGUCAAAGUCUUCCGUUUCAUUAUGAAGCAAAGCUACGUGUGUGCGCUCAUCGCCAUGAUGGCCUGGAGCAUUACAUACGUGAGCUGGCUAACAUUUGUCCUCCUCAUGUGGUCUUGCACUCUGUGGAUGGUGCGAGACAGGAGGAAGUAUGCCAUGCUCACGUCACCCUUUAUGGUGGCGUAUGGGAACCUGAUAAUUGUGCUGCAGUACAUCUGGAGCUUUGAGUCUCUGAGUUCUGUCCCUGGUUUCUUCCUCAAAACCACUGUGCCCUUCACUGAGCUCUGCUCCAAGGUGCUGUUUUUGCUGAGUUUCUGGCUACUUCUGCAUCAGACACUGACUGAACGGCAGAGCAAAUUAAAAGAGGAUGCUACACUUUCUGAAGUUUCCAUUGAAUCAGAGAAAAAGGAGGUAGAGAAGUCAGAGGAAGAGGAUGGUGGUGAGAAUGACCUGAUGCAGAUGGUGGGAAAGCUGGUGAUGGCCAUGCUGGUGAAGUACUGGAUCUACAUCUGCAGUGGCAUGUUCUUCUUUGUGAGCUUUGAAGGUCGGAUCGUCAUUUACAAGAUCAUCUACAUGAUGCUGUUCCUCUUCUGCGUGGCCCUCUAUCAGGUGCACUAUGAGUGGUGGAGAAGGAUUCUGAAAUAUUUCUGGAUGUCAGUGGUGGUGUACACCAUGCUCGUACUCACCUUCAUCUACACAUGCCAGUUUGACAACUCCAUCAACGUCUGGUCCAACAUGACAGGCAUGAGUGCGCAAAAGCUGAAGGAUCUGGGUCUGGAGAGGUUUUCUGUAGGUAUUCUGUUCACACGCAUCUUCAUCCCUACUUCCUUCCUACUAGUCUGCAUCCUUCACCUGCACUACUUCCAUGAGCACUUUCUUGAGCUCACUGACCUCAAAGCUGUGGCUUCCAAACAGGACAACGCCAUCUACAGACUUGCCCAUCCAGAUGACAGCUUGGCAGAUCUCACAAUGAUAAGCUCCUCUCCUGAACCUUUGGUGGACAAGGAGAAGGAGAUGUUGGUGGUGGAGAACAUAGAGGAGGACAAGAAAAAGGAAGAGGAUUCCAUCCGUGAUGAGAGUCAACACUGCAGUGCAGCGACAGAUCCAGAAAUGCCAUCAGAAGAGACUUCAGAGCUGAAGAAUAAGUGGCACCUGGUGGUGGACCGUCUAACUGUGCUGUUCCUGAAGUUUCUGGAGUACUUCCAUAAACUGCAGCUCUUUAUCUGGUGGCUGCUGGAGAUCCAUGUCAUCAAAAUAGUCUCUUCCUACAUCAUCCUGGUGUCUGUUACCGAGGUGUCUCUGUUGAACUAUGUGUUCCUGGCAUCAUGGGCCUUCGCUUUACCCUACAGUCAGUUCCGGCAUAUGGCCUCCAGCAUCUGCACUGUAUGGACUUGUGUUAUCAUUAUUUGUAAAAUGUUGUACCAGCUGGAGACGAUAGACCCAACGACAUACUCAAGUAUUUGCAAAAUGCCUAAUUACACAAAGGAGGAGGAGGCCUACAUGAAUCAGUCUUUGCUCUAUGCAAAGCCAGUAGACCCUGCAAACUGGGUUGGAUUGGUGAAGUUCCCCUCACUUUUGCCAAAUCUAAGGAAUAACUUACUGAUGUUGGCCCUCUUGGCAUUCGAGGUCACUAUCUACAGGCAUCAGGAGUAUUUCCGGCUACGCAACAAGCUCUCUCCUCCUCCUUUUCGAACGAUUUUCCAUGAAAUUACUCGCCAACAUCUUGAUAACAGCAUCAUCAGCUGUGCCAAAUACUUCAUCAACUACUCCUUUUACAAGUUUGGGGUAGAGGUAUGUUUCUUAUUGGCGGUGAACGUGAUUGGCCAGCGCAUGGACUUCUACUCUAUGCUGCAUGCCUUUGCUCUGGCAGCAGUGAUGUACCGGCGUAGGAGAAAGGCAAUUGCUGAAAUCUGGCCUAAAUAUUGCUGCUUCCUGGCCUGCAUGAUCACCUUUCAGUAUUUUGUCUGUAUAGGCAUCCCACCAGCAGCAUGUAAAGACUAUCCUUGGAGAUUCCCCAACUCUUCAACAAAUUCCACUGUCAUUAAGUGGCUCUACCUGCCCGAUUUCCACACAAAACCAAACUCCAAGUCUCUCAUCUAUGACUUUAUGUUGCUGCUGAGCGCGUCAUUGCAGCGGCAGGUAUUUGAGGAGGAGAAUCAGGCAGCAGUCCGUCUGAUGGCCGGAGAAAAUGUAGAGAUCUGCCGAGAUCUGGAUGCUGCCUCCUUUAGCAUACACAACCCCGUCCCAGACUUUAUACAUUGCAGGUCAUAUUUGGACAUGCUGAAGGUGAUCAUUUUCAGCUACCUGUUCUGGUUUGUCCUGACCAUCAUCUUCAUCACGGGCACCACACGCAUCAGUAUUUUCUGCAUGGGCUACCUGGUGGCAUGUUUCUACUUUCUGCUGUUCGGCGGAGAGCUACUGCUCAAGCCCAUCAAAAAGAUCUUGCACUACUGGGACUUCCUGAUAGCCUACAAUGUCUUUGUCAUCACCAUGAAGAACGUCUUCUCUAUUCUUUCUUGUGGCUACAUCAACAAGCUGAAGGUGAACUGCUGCUGGCUGAUCCAGCUGCUGAGUCUGGCCUGCACCAUCAAAGAUUAUGAGAAACUGCUCGACCAUGAAGACUCUAGUACUAAAUGUGACUUGCCUAAGGAUGAGGCAGGAAUCAUCUGGGACAGCAUUUGUUUCAGCUUUCUGUUGCUACAGAGACGUGUCUUCAUGAGUUACUACUUCCUCCAUGUUGUGGCUGAUAUACGUGCUGGACAGAUCCUGGCUUCUAGAGGAGCAGAGCUGUUCCAAGCCUCCAUAGUGAAGGCAGUGAGAGCUCGACUGGAGGAGGAGAAUAAAUCCAUGGAGCAGCUCAAGAGACAGAUGGACCGCAUUAAGACCCGGCAGGAGAAGUUUAAAAAGGGGAAGGAGAAGAUGCUGAGCAUGACCCAGGAGUCUACGGACAGCCAGACCUUAAUUCCACCUGACGCUGGUGAAGAGGAUGAUGAUGAUGGAGCAGAGAAAGAGAAAGCCAAGGCCAAAAAAAAGCAGUGGUGGAGGCCUUGGGUUGACCAUGCUUCCAUGGUGAGGAGUGGCGAUUAUUACCUGUUUGAGACUGACAGUGAAGAGGAGGAUGAAGAAGAAGAGAAAAAAGAUGACGAUCCUCCUAAGAAAUCAGCAUUCCAGCGAGCAAUCGGAAAGUUUGCCUCAGCUGUCCUGGCUUUGCCCAGGUCGAUAAUAAAACUGCCCAAAACUAUCCUUCAGUAUCUUAUCAGGGCAGCCAAGUUUGUGUAUCAUGCAUGGGUCACAGACUCAAAAACAGCUCUUAAGGAUCGGGGUAAGGAGCGGCGGCAUUUCUGGAAAAGAUACAGAAGAGGACGUAAACACCGGAAAGACAAGGAAGGUCAGGUCGCAAUUGAGGUGGAAGAUGAUGAACAGCAGAGCUCGGAGGAGGAGGAGAAGGAAGGACCAGACAACAUCAUUAAAAGGGUUUUCAACAUCAUCAAGUUUACCUGGGUGCUGUUCCUGACCACUCUGGAGAGCCUGACCACGUGGAUCAACAAUAUCUGUAAAGAAUACAUCGACAUCUCCACCGUGCUGCGCAUCGAACGCUGCAUGCUUACCAGAGAGGUCAAAAAGGGCAAUGUACCGUCACGUGAGAGCAUCCACGUGUACUACCAGAAGCAGAUGCGUCUGAAUGCGUCACGUGAGUCCGGAUUGGAUCGGAUCAGUGAGGAGGAUUCGAUCUCGGGCUCUCAGAAACCCCUGCGAAGGCGCAGAAAUUACACGUUAGAGAGCCAGGACUCUAUGGCAUCCCGAGACACCAUCUCUAGUGCAUUCACAGAGGCAACCAUGCUCUAUUCCCGCCAGUCCACACUGGACGACCUGGAUGAUGUACCUCAAAAUGUACCAAAAACCAGCGAACGCGCUCGCCCCAGGCUGCACAAAAUGAACAGCAUGGACAUGUCCAACUCCUCUGUAGACAGUGGCAGCAGCAACAUCUCCAGCGAGGCCACUCAGUGCGUCACUUUAUUCUCAAGGCAAGGUACCAACGACACCAUCGAUGAAGUGGAGGACGAGCAAGAUCACAUACAUCCCUGCGAUGAAAGACCUGAACAUGUUGAGGAAGCAGAGACAGGCCCCUGGCACUCCAUUGAGCCUGAAGAAGAGCAAGAACAUGGAGAGGAAGAAAAGCCUGAAGAAACAGAAUGGGAAUCUGAGGAUCAUGAGGAAGAGGAGCAGGACAGGACAGAAGAUGAUGGCAAAGCUCAGAGCCCCAGGAGAGAGGACGGCGAAUCCUCAGAACCAGAGCUGGUGCCAGCAGAGAGGACGUGCAGCCAGCUUUUUACCCCAGACAUGGACGUCCCUAACACAUCAGAUGCAGAAGUCCCACCCAGCUAUAGCAAAGCAGUGAGCUUCGAUCGUCUCUCAGUCGACUCACAGGAGAGUGAUGAAGAAAAGCAGCUCAUGCUGAUGACCUCAGACAGCAGAUCAGACCUACUGUCGGACGAGGCACUGCUGCCCUCGCAAACCACCGAACUCACGGCUAGUGAGCUGCUGCUCAACAAAAUGUUUUAUGACGAGGAACUGGAUGCCUCGGAGCGCUUCUACAAGUCCCAGCCGCUGGGCCUGAAGCUUUGCUACGCCCUCUACAACCUGUUAGUGGCUCACUCUGAGAUGGUUUGCUACCUGGUCAUCAUCCUCAACCACAUGAUUUCGGCUUCCAUGGCCACGUUGGUGUUGCCUAUCCUCAUCUUCCUGUGGGCCAUGCUGUCUGUUCCGCGGCCCAGCAAACGCUUCUGGAUGACUGCCAUCAUUUACACAGAGGUUACCAUCGUCAUCAAAUACUUCUUCCAGUUCAGCUUUUUCCCCUUUAACCAGAACCUGGAGGUGAACAGAAAGAAGCCCUAUCACCUACCGAACAUCAUUGGCGUGGAAAAAAAAGACGGUUAUGUGCAUUAUGACCUUGUUCAGCUGCUUGCUCUCUUCUUCCAUCGCUCAAUCCUCAGGUGCCAUGGUCUGUGGGACGAGGACGACCCCAACGAGACAAAAAGAGACGCCUCUCAUCACCGUGACGAGUCCGAGGAUGAAGAUAAAAUAGCAGUGGUGAUACCAGCAGAGACAAAAAAGAAGAGCUCGCCCCUUCGAUUUAUGAAAUUCAACUUGGGAAGUUCAACGGACUUUGAAUCCACACAGCAUGUGCACAUGCGCCAACCUGAACAACGCACAUACCAGCGACGCAAGAGCUCCAGCGGCGGCUCCCACAUCUCACGCCAUUCAUCCCAACGCUCCAAGAGAGGCAGCACGAGCACAAGGAACAGCAGCCGUAGAGGAAGCAGCGAGGUCAGAGUCGAACGCAAGAGCCGCAAGGAGCUCAUCAUGGAGAAGGUCCGAGAGCAGCUCAUUAAAGCCAGGGUCUUUCUCCUCAAAAAAGCAAGGGAGAUCUACCUUCCUAUUCGUCAGUUCUUCUAUAACCUCAUCCAUCCUGAGUACAGCGCAGUGACUGAUGUCUACGUCCUCAUGUUCCUGGCAGACACCAUUGACUUUAUCAUCAUUGUCUUCGGCUUCUGGGCUUUCGGGAAACACCAGGGAGGAGCAGACAUCACAUCUUCGCUGUCCGAAGAUCAAGUCCCGGGUCCGUUCCUGGUGAUGGUGUUGAUCCAGUUCAGCACCAUGGUAGUAGACCGAGCCUUGUACCUGCGUAAAACCGUCAUGGGCAAAGUGAUUUUCCAGGUCAUCCUGGUGUUUGGGAUCCACUUCUGGAUGUUUUUCAUCCUGCCAGGAAUAACAGAAAGGCGUUUCAGCCAGAACACCGUGGCCCAGCUGUGGUACUUUGUGAAGUGUAUUUACUUCGGUCUGUCAGCUUAUCAGAUCCGCUGUGGUUACCCCACCCGAGUGCUGGGCAACUUUCUGACCAAGAGCUACAACUAUGUCAACCUCUUUCUCUUUCAAGGGUUUCGUUUGAUCCCGUUUCUGACUGAGCUGCGUGCCGUGAUGGACUGGGUAUGGACGGACACGACGCUCAGCUUGUCCAGCUGGAUUUGUGUGGAGGAUAUUUACGCUCACAUCUUUAUACUCAAGUGCUGGAGAGAGUCAGAAAAGCGUUUUCCUCAGCCUCGGGGUCAGAAGAAGAAGAAGGUGGUGAAGUACGGAAUGGGUGGCAUGAUCGUUAUGCUGCUCAUCUGCAUCGUCUGGUUCCCUCUGCUCUUCAUGUCUCUGGUCAAAUCAGUAGCAGGCGUCGUCAAUACACCUCUGGACGUCUCUGUUAGCCUCACGCUUGCAGGCUUCCAGCCAAUCUUCACAAUGAGUGCUCAACAGAAGAACCUGAUGAGCAUUACUUCAGACAAGUUUGAGAGUUUCAAGAAAGACUAUAUGUCUGAUUCGAUGGCGCUGCAGUUUCUCGAGUCAUAUGUGUAUGAAGAUGUCACCAUAGCCCACCUAGAGGGAAACUCCAGCUCGCUGUGGACCAUCAGCCCACCCAGCCGUAAAAACCUGAUCAGCAUGUUGAACCAGUCCAAUGAAUUCCAUUUAACCAUCACUUGGUCUAUACAGAGGAACCUCUCUUUAGGAGCGAAAGCAGAGAUGGCAACAGGCAAACACUUCAUCAUCCUGAAACAAGAGACCAAAUCAAAACUUGUGAAACUGCUAAAUGAAAAUGCAUAUGUGGAGAUUGAAAACAUUUUUCCAAGAUAUCUGCGUGCACCCAGUGACUCCCAUGCCAAACCCAUCGAUCAGCUAAGCAAAGGUUUUGAAAAGAUCAAUCUGACUUUACACCGAGACAGCACUGCAGGAAACGAUCGGGAGUGGUGGGUCGUGAACCAGACAAAGGCAGCCAGAAUCCACCCACGUACAGACGACCCUGACAAAAAAAAUAAGAACGGACUGGAUCUUUGUAUCUUCAGUGAUCAGGUCAGCCCUCCUAGUCUGGGCUUUCUGGCUGGAUAUGGCAUCAUGGGUCUGUACAUGUCUGUGGUGCUGGUGAUCGGCAAGUUUGUGCGCGGGUUCUUCAGCGGAAUCUCGUGUACCAUCAUGUUCGAGGAGCUGCCCAACGUGGACCGCAUCCUUAAACUCUGCACCGACAUCUUCCUCGUCCGAGAAACAGGAGAGCUGGACCUGGAGGAAGACCUCUACUCCAAGCUUAUCUUCCUCUACCGCUCUCCGGAAACCAUGAUCAAAUGGACCAGGGAGAAGAACAAGUGAGGAGAAUGAGUGACGCUCAUGGACAAGGACACUCGGUGCAGGAGGAGGAGGUCCUAAUCAACAUAGAGAAGCACAAGGCUGGGGUUUUGGAUGAGACGCCAGCUGCAAUUGGCAACUAGCUGCAUUUUGCAGUUCUUAGUCUCUCUCUGUGACAUAUACAGUACUUUAUCAGGCAUAGCGUGGGAGAGAUCACUGAUCCGUAGCUAAUUGUACAUUAUUAAGGGCUUUAAUAGACACGACUACUUCCCAUCAUGCGUCACUGCAAAAGCAACCCUUCACAGCUGGGAGCGCAUGAGCCCAGAGGGCCGUCCAUCAUGACGAUCGACAGGCUGGUCAACAAAUCCCUGUGAUCGGAGUCUGAGGACUUGAGUUGAUUUCCAACAGACCUUAUUAUCAAGUGCUUUAUUUUCUGAGCAGAGCAAAGAGAUGCAACGGCUUCUGGUUUUGCAGAAGGCUGGAGCGACACACAAUAGCAAUCACCCGACAAUCUACACUUGCCUUAUUUAGUUUGUACCGAUAAUUGCGUUUUCAUUCAUUCAAUGUCUUUUCUCAGGAACACACACACACACGCCGGUCAUUUCAUCAUGAGAUGUCCUCUUUUCGAUUGUGUAUUAGAGCGUCGGACUGGGCAAGAAUUUUACCUUGGGUGCAAAUUUGCAAAAAUCAAGCACUGUCCUUAUGCACAAGGGUAAGAUGGCGACAAAAGCAAGGUUGCAAAAAUGAUCGAUUAUGUGAUGCUGAUUAAUGAUUAUAUGUGGCCGCUCGAUGGCUAUGGAGCAUGAACUUUCUUAAUGAUAUGCAAGUAUUGGGAGAUAUUGUGUUUCAGAAAGAUAUAGGUCUAUACGUGAAGAUUAAAAUAAUGACUCACUGCUUGUAUGGAAGGGGUAAAGCAAUAUGAAAAUUGAUGCAUUUAUUUAAAAAAAAAAAAAAAAAAAAGGAACGGGAGUGGGAGUAUACUGGGCUGGUUUGUAUAUAGAGUAUAUCAGUGGGAGUGUGUAUUAAUGCACAGCAAAGGGCUGUCUUUGCUUCCCCCCCAACAGGCAGCACUUUGCAGUUUACAAGUUUUGAAGUUCGAUCUUGGCUCGAUCCCAGUGUUCGUGACACACUCACGGAGACACUAGAAGAAUACUGGGAGAAGAGCAUUAACCUAACCCCCCCUCCUUCCUCAUGUUUCUAAACUAUGCAUUAUUUAAAGCCAUUGUAGCAUGAGAGAAUAAUUACUAUUUAAACGUGUGUUUUCAUGACAUCACAUGCACAUAUGCUUUAACAGGGACAAAGAAAUGUGAAGCUUUCUUAGGUGUAGCAGAAUGUCAGGAUGGAAAAGAAGAGCUUAAGAAAAGCGAUGACCUUCAAAUAAAGCACAUAUCAGAAGGCCA